AUGAAAGCUCACGAGGCAGCAGUUCAAGUAAUUGCCAGACAGGUACAGGGCUUCAGGUCGCGCAAUGAAAAGUUCAGAAUAUUCCACGGCUCAACCAACAGCACCAGACCGGCACACGGGAGCAAGACAGUCGACAUCAGCCCCCUGAAUAAUGUCAUCAAGGUCGACACAGCCUCCAAGACGGCCUUGGUAGAGCCCAACGUGCCGAUGGACAAGUUGGUAGCUUCGACCCUGAAACAUGGCCUGGUGCCACCCGUCGUUAUGGAGUUCCCCGGGAUAACUGUCGGUGGAGGGUAUUCGGGCUCUGCGGGCGAGAGUAGCUCUUUUCGGUACGGCUACUUUGAUCAAUCGGUGAAUUGGGUAGAGAUUGUUCUUGGUACUGGCGAGAUAGUACGAGCAUCAGCCACCGAGAAUGCAGACCUGUUCAAAGGGGCUGCAGGAGCAAUGGGCACUCUUGGAAUCACCACUCUGGUUGAGCUGCAGCUCCUGCCUGCGAAACGUUUUGUCAAGACCACCUAUCACAAAACGAGGUCGGUAGCAGAAGCCAUAGCCGUGGUUCAAAUGGAGACGGCCAACCAAGGCAACGACUACGUCGACGCCAUCCUCUUCUCCAAAACCCAUGGGGUGGUCAUCAGCGGAGAAAUGACAGAUCAAAAGCCAAAAGACAUCCAAGCACGCCCGUUCAGCCGGCCCUGGGAUCCAUGGUACUAUCUGCACGUCGAGCAACGGACUUCAUCCGACCCCGCCACCGAGAUGGUAGACUACAUCCCACUGGCGGAAUACCUCUUCCGCUACGACCGGGGAGGCUUCUGGGUCGGGCUCGAAGCCUUUCGCUAUUUCCCCUUUGUGCCCUUCAACCGCCUCACGCGCUGGUUCCUCGACGACUUUAUGCACACGCGCAUGCUGUACCGGGCGCUGCAGAGCACGAACCGCUCCUUUGGCUUCUUGGUGCAGGACCUGUCGCUGCCCUACUCGACCGCCGAGGCUUUUAUCGACUACUCGGCCAAGGAGCUAGACGUUUGGCCGCUGUGGCUAUGUCCCCUGCGCGAGAUCCGCGGUCCGUCCUUUCAUCCUUCUACCACGGAGCCUGGUCCAUCGGCGGACCCGAAACCGAUGCUCAACAUUGGGCUGUGGGGACGCGGAGCACAGGAUUUGGAUAAAUUCGUGGCGCAGAAUACGAGGUUGGAAUGCUGCUUGGGUGAGCUGGGCGGGCGCAAGGUGCUUUAUUCGCAUGCCUACUACACCGAGGGUGAGUUUUGGUCAUUGUACGAUAGGAAAUGGUACGAGGAUUUGCGGGAAAGGUACGGUGCUAUGAGCUUGCCGUCGGUCUACGACAAGAUAAGAAUCGACGUAAAGACUAGUUCUGCGGAUCAUGGUCCAGGUCGAAGUGGUUGGUGGGCACAGUUCUGCUCCAUGUGGCCAGUGGCUGGUCUGGUGGGAAUCCGCUCGGCCAUACGCAGUGGCGACUAUCUGCAUCACCGAAAGCCCAUCUGGAAACAUUCUAUUGGUGGUCCUGUCAAGAGUUGA